ACUGCAACCAUGAUUCUAAUUCUAUCUCUUCUCUAACUCCAUCUGCCUUUUCUUUUCUCAUAUAUAUUCUUUUUAAUCUUGAAGAUUCUGAAUUGAUCACCAUUUUUUGCGUCCCUUUGCCUUUAUGGAACCCGGUUCUCAUUUCAUCUUUUUGUCUCUCACUAUAUGUUAGUAUACUACUUUUAGCCAAAGUUUUGAGGUUUAUAACAAUGUCUUCUUUCGGUUAUGCUAGAAGCAGUGUCUUCUUUUAUCUGUUUCUUGUAGAGCUUGUUGCAAAAACUAGUUUUUGCUUCUCUACUAAGGUAUGGUUUACGUUGUGUACAUGGGAAGCAAAACUGGGGAAGACCCAGAUGACAUUCUAAAGCACACCCAUCAAAUGCUUGCAACUGUUCACAAGGGAAGUAUUGAGGAAGCCCAAGCUUCUCAUGUUUAUAGCUAUAAACAUGGUUUUAGAGGCUUUGCAGCCAAGUUGACUGAUGAACAGGCUUAUCAAAUUUCAAAAAUGCCUGGAGUGGUAUCUGUUUUUCUCAAUUCUAAAAGAAAGUUGCACACCACUCAUUCAUGGGACUUCAUAGGACUUUUGGAAGACGAAACCAUGGAGAUUCAAGGGUACUCCACCAAAAACCAAGAAAAUGUCAUUAUUGGUUUCAUCGAUACGGGAAUUUGGCCUGAAUCCCCAAGCUUCAGAGACACCAACAUGCCACCAGUGCCUAGGGAAUGGAAAGGUCAUUGUCAAUUAGGAGAAGCAUUCAAUUCUUCAUCUUGCAACAGGAAAGUGAUAGGAGCUAGAUACUACAUGAGUGGACAUGAAGCAGAAGAAGGGUCAGACAGAAAAGUCUCUUUCAGAUCAGCCAGAGAUAGCUCUGGCCAUGGUAGUCACACAGCUUCCAUUGCAGCAGGGCGCUAUGUGGCAAACAUGAAUUAUAUGGGACUAGCAGCUGGUGGAGCUAGGGGAGGUGCACCUAGGGCUAGGAUUGCUGUGUACAAAGCAUGUUGGGAUUCAGGUUGCUAUGAUGUGGACUUGUUAGCUGCGUUUGAUGAUGCCAUAAGAGAUGGUGUUCACAUUAUAUCGUUGUCUCUGGGUCCUGAAGCACCCCAAGGUGACUAUUUCAAUGAUGCCAUAUCUGUGGGGUCAUUCCAUGCUGCUAGCCGUGGAGUCUUGGUGGUAGCAUCGGUUGGUAAUAAUGGAAGUCCUGGUUCUGCCACAAAUGUUGCACCAUGGAUGAUCACAGUUGCUGCUAGUUCAAUAGAUAGGGAUUUUACCUCUGAUAUCAUACUGGGAAAUGGUGUUAAGAUCAUGGGUGAGAGUCUCAGUAUCUUGGAUAUGAAUGCCUCCAGAAGAAUUAUUCCAGCAUCUGAAGCCUUUGAUGGAUAUUUUACUCCUUAUCAAUCCAGUUACUGUGUAGAUAGUUCCCUAAAUAAGACAAAGGCCAAAGGGAAGGUUCUGGUGUGUCGACAUGCAGAGAGUUCAGUUGAGUCAAAGUUGGCAAAGAGUAAGGUAGUGAGAGAGGCCGGUGGAGUUGGGAUGAUACUCAUCGAUGAGGCGAAUCAAGAACUUGCCAUACCAUUUGUGAUACCUUCAGCUGUUGUUGCAACAAAAACAGGGGAAAGGAUUCUAUCCUAUAUCAAUAGCACCCGCAUGCCUAUGUCAAGGAUUUCCAGGGCCAAGACAGUACUAGGAGUUCAGCCUGCACCCCGUGUAGCAGCAUUUUCUUCUAAAGGCCCCAAUGCUCUGACCCCAGAAAUUUUGAAGCCUGAUAUUGCAGCUCCCGGAUUAAACAUCCUUGCAGCAUGGUCUCCAGCUGCAGCUGGAAACAUGAAGUUCAAUAUCAUAUCAGGAACUUCUAUGGCUUGUCCUCAUGUAACUGGAAUUGCAAGUUUGGUUAAAGCCGUGCAUCCUUCAUGGUCUCCCUCCGCUGUCAAAUCUGCCAUCAUGACAACUGCAACAAUUCUGGAUAAGCACCACCAACCCAUUAGAGCAGAUCCUGAUAGAAGAAUGGCUAAUGCAUUUGACUACGGGUCAGGAUUUGUGAACCCCGCAAGAAUUAUGGAUCCUGGUCUCGUCUAUGAUUCACAUACAGAAGAUUUUGUUGCAUUCCUCUGUUCACUGGGUUACGAUGAGAGUUCACUCCGACUUGUUACAAGAGACAACAGCACAUGUGAUAAGGCAUUCAAAACACCAUCAGACCUAAACUAUCCUUCUAUUGCAGUGCCCAAUCUUCAAGACAACUUCACAGUAACUCGAGUUGUGACUAAUGUUGGAGAAGCAAAAAGUAUAUAUGAAGCAGUAGUGUUGUCACCUGCUGGAGUUAAUGUUACUGUUGUGCCAAAUAGGUUAGUCUUCAGAAGAACAGGACAGAAAAUCAAGUUUACUGUAAAUUUCAAAGUGGUUUCUCCCUCAAAGGGAUAUGCAUUUGGGUUCUUGUCAUGGAAGAAUGGAAGAUCACAGGUCACUAGUCCUUUGGCUGUCAGGGUUGCAUCAGCAAGCCUUGGUUUGGUCAGAUAGCAAAGGUUGUAAAUAUGCAUACUAGCAUAGGACUAGUGAGAUUCCCAAAGUCACUAUAAUCCUAGAACAAAUAGUCAUACUCAUAUCCUGAUGCAGUCUAAAUGAUCAUUCCCAAAUUACAUUAUAAUUUUAUGCUUGGAGCAGCAGGUGAUACCAAGCACAAAAUUGAAGAAAUAAUAUCUUGAUGCCCUGACUCAGAUUC